ACUAGCCUCUCUGUUUUAUUGCUGUUUCCUCCAUUACCCUGCCACAAAGGAAAAAAGACACAAUUGAGAGGCAUGCAUGCAAAGACGGACUCGGAGGCCACUAGCAUCGACGUGGCUUUGUCAUGGCUGCCGCGCUCUCCACCGCGUUCGGCGACUAGACCUCUUUACUAUGUACAGAGUCCCUCCAACCAUGACGUCGAGAAGAUGUCAUUUGGGUCGGGUUGCAGCCCGAUGGGUUCUCCCUCACACCCACAUUUCUACCACUGCUCACCCAUCCAUCACUCCCGUGAGUCCUCUACCUCUCGCUUCUCCGACCGUGCACUCCUCUCUUACAAGUCAAUCCGCGAAGGUAACGGACGCCGCCGUUACAUCAACAGCGCGAUAGACGAAGAAACUGAUGGCGGAGAUGACGACGACCUCUUUCGAAAUGUGCGUCUCUACGGCUGCUUGCUGUUCUCCUUGUUCCUCUUGUUCUCAAUCUUCUCUCUCAUACUGUGGGGUGCUAGCAAAUCCUACCCUCCUAAAGUUGUGGUAAAGGGGAUGCUGGUGAGUGACUUCAACGUGCAGGCAGGGAACGAUCUGAGCGGAGUGCCCACUGAUAUGCUGUCUCUUAAUUCGACGGUCAGGAUCUUCUACCGGAACCCCUCCACCUUCUUCGCGGUCCAUGUCACUGCUUCCCCUCUUCUCCUCCACUACUCCAACCUCCUCCUCUCAUCCGGUGAGAUGGAGAAGUUCACUGUGGGCAGGAAAAGCGAAAGGAGCGUAGCCACGGUGGUGCACGGCCAUCAGAUUCCCCUAUACGGCAGUGUCUCUCCCCAUCUGCACACACUCUCCCUGCCUCUCAAUCUCACUCUCGUCCUCAGUUCCAGGGCUUACAUUUUAGGAAGACUCGUCACCUCCAAGUUCCAUACAAGGAUCAUUUGCUCCUUUACUCUCAAUGCCAACCGCCUUCCCAAACCCAUGUCUCUUAUCCACUCAUGUACCCAUCACCACUGACCCAUCUUGCACACUUUUUGUGUGUUCUUUGGAUAUAUAUUUUUCUCUUGCAAUCAAUCAACAAAUUCUUCCAGGAACAUUGGUACGACCAAAAAAAGUAGUGCAACUCAUUACAUAGGUGAAAGCAGACAAGGUACA